AAACUGCCUCCGAGUGAGCAGCGGCUACACUGGAGGAAAGCACACCCAGGUCUCACAUUAAAGAAGCCAAACUGUCUGCUUCAAAGAAAAAAGGCAACAUCCUGUCACAGGCCAUGCUCUGGCAAAAACCCUCGGCUCCAGAACAGGCCCCGGCCCCACCCCGGCCCUACCAGGGCGUCCGUGUGAAGGAGCCAGUGAAGGAAUUGCUGAGGAGGAAGCGCGGCCACGCCAACAGUGGGGCGCCAGUCACACCGACCGCGCUCGUGCUGCCUCAUCAGCCCUUGGCAACCUAUACCACAGUGGGUCCUUCCUGCCUUGACAUGGAGGUCUCUGCUUCCACUAUGACAGAGGAAGGAGCCCUGUGUGCUGGCUGGCUCUCCCAGCCUGCCCCGGCCACCCUCCAGCCCUUGGCUCCAUGGACACCCUACACCGAGUACGUGUCUCAUGACGCAGUCAGCUGCCCUUACUCCACUGACAUGUAUGUUCAGCCCAUGUGCCCGAGCUACACAGUGGUGGGACCCUCGUCUGUGCUGACCUAUGCCUCCCAGCCACUCAUCACUAAUGUCACGGCUAGAAGCACCGCCACACCCACCAUGGGGCCCCCCCUGGAGAACUCAGAGCACCAGGCCCCCCUCACCUAUUUCCCGUGGCCUCAACCCCUGUCCACACUGCCCACGUCCACCCUGCAGUACCAGCCUCCAGCUCCGACCCUGUCCGGGCCCCAGUUUGUCCAGCUCCCUAUCUCGGUUCCUGAGCCGGCCCUUCAGGACAUGGAAGACCCUCGAAGAGCCGUCAACUCCCUGACCAUCGACAAGCUACUUCUAGCUGAGGAGGAUAGUGAUGCCUACACGCUCGGCCAUUCUCUCUCUGUGGAUGGUUUUUAG